ACAGGAAAAGGAAACGAGAGAGGGAAUUGCGGGCCAGCAGGCCAUUCCCAGACCGUCCUCCCUAUGGCCAGUCCGGGCCUGGACCUGUGUGUUUCUGAAGGCUGGUUCAGUUCACUCAGAAGGACAUGAAAGUACAACUGUGGACUUUGUGCAGGAAGAUGGAAGUGUUGUUGUUGGUGUUUGUGACCCUCAUCCACGUUUCCCAGCGUGCAUUGGCUGUAGUGGUGCAGGCGUAUGAGGGGAUGGAGUCGGUCCUGCUGCCCUGCCAGUAUUCUGGCAAGUUACCAGUGGUUCCUUCAGUGGUUUGGAGACGCUCUGAUCUCAACCAAACAGUUAUUUACCUGCUUAAAGACGAAAGUGACGAUGUGAAAGAGGAAUACAGUGACCGCAUGUCAAUGAAGACCAACGUUCUGGAAUCUAAAGACUUCAGCCUUACUGUGAAGAAACCACAACUGUCUGACAGCAGCAACUACACCUGUAACCUCCAAUGGGAAACCGAGUGGAAGGAGACUAAAGAAUGGAGACUGACACAAGUACAGCUGCAGGUCAAAGAUGACGAGGAGGAAGUGAAGGUCCAGCAGGGGGUGGAGUCUAUCCAGCUGCCUUGUAAUGCUUCAGCUGAUCUGCCUGAAGACACCACAGUGGACUGGACUCACUUUGAUCCAAAACUGGUGGUGGUCCAUGUGUACCGGAAUAAAGCUGAUGAUUUUAAAACACAGGACAAGUUUUACCGUGACCGCACAGAGAUGAAUAAAGACAUGAGUCUGACUCUGAAAAACCCCAUAUACAGAGACAGAGGUAUGUAUAUCUGCACCGUCUACAGGGAAGGAGACGUCCUGAGGUCUAAAGUCCUGCUCCAGGUGGUCCAAGGUGGUUUUCCAACCUGGGCCACAGCUCUCCUGGUUGUCUUUGCUGUUCUUCUUAUAAUCCUUCUAGGACUUGUACUUAUUUUUCGAGGGUAUUUUCUGUCAGUUCCACAGGUGGAGGUGGAGUCAGGGGAGGAGUCUGUCCUGCUGCCAUGUAAAACUAUAGCUCACCUGACAAAGAACUUCAGAAAGAUCAGCGUUAUGUGGAGGAACUUAAACAAUGAUAAGCUCAUUGUGCAUAAGUACGGCUCUGGCGAACCUGAUGAGCAGGACCAGAUUUACAGAAACAGAACAGAGAUGAAGAAACACUGGCUGUGUACUGGAGACUUUAGUUUAACCCUGAAACACCCAAGGGCCUUGGACGCCACCGAUUACUUAUGCAUCGUCUAUAACGAUAACAAAGUCCUGAAGAAGAAACUAGUGAUGCUGAAGGUCAAAGUUAAACAGGUGGAGGUGGAUUCAGGGGAGGAGUCUGUCCUGCUGCCUUUGGAAACCACAUUUCAGCUGAUGGAGGACGUCACAGGUCAGGUCACAGUGGAGUGGACAGAUGAGGCUGACAGGAAGGUCCAUGUGUAUAAGGACGGCUCUGACACAACUAAUGAACAGGAUGAUCAAUACAGAGAUAGAACAGAGAUGAAAGCAGACCCACUGGGAACUGGAGACCUCAGUCUGACCCUGACAGACCCCACAGACCACGACACUGACACCUACACCUGCACCGUUUACAACGGAGACAAGCAGAUCCUGAGGAGGAAACAAGUGCAUUUGAAGGUCAAAGCCCAACAGGUGGAGGUGGAUUCGGGGGAGGAGUCUGUCCUGCUGCCCUGGAAAGCCUCAUUUUAUAUUCAGGACAUCAGUCAGGUCACAGUGGAGUGGAUGGACGAUAGGAACAGGAAGGUCCAUGUGUAUGAGGACGGCUCUAACAGAACUAAUGAACAGGACGAGAUAUACACAAACAGAACAGAGGUGAAUGAAGACCCACUGGGAACUAGAGACCUCAGUCUGACUCUGAAAGACCCCACAGACCUGGACACUGACAUCUACACCUGUACCAUCUACAUCAGAGACAAGCAGAUCCUGAGGGUCCUGAGGAGGAAACAAGUGCGUCUGUGGGUCAAAGCCCAACAGGUGGAGGUGGUUCCAGGGGAGGAGUCUGUCCUGCUGCCCUGGAAAACCUCAUUUCAUACUCAGGACAUCAGUCAGGCCACAGUGGAGUGGACGGACGAUAAGAACAGGAAGGUCCAUGUGUAUGAGUUCGGCUCUGACAGAACUAAUGAACAGGACGAUGAAUGCAGAAACAGAACAGAGAUGAAUGAAGACCCACUGGGAACUGGAGACCUUGGUCUGACCCUGAAACACCUCACAGACCUGGACACUGACAUCUACACCUGUACCGUCUUCAACAGAGACAAGCAGAUCCUGAGGAGGAAACAAGUGUAUCUGAAGGUCAAAGAUCAAGAGGUGGAGGUGGAUGUGGAGGAGGGGAACGCUCGGCCCGGCUGCCCUUCAACACAACCCUGACCUGCCUCGGGACGCCACAGUGGAGUGGAGGUACUAUGUAAAUGACCAUAAUACAUGUAUGUCCAUGGGUAUGAGAAGGGGUCAGCUCAAACUUGGGUCAAACAGAGCUAUAUUUACAAAAACAGAACAAAGAUGAAUGAAGACCCAUGGACGACUGGAGACUUCAGUCUGACCCUGAAUGACCUCCAACAGGACGACUCUGGAAGAUAUGAAUGUAAAGUCAUCAAACAUGGAGUCCACCCUGAGAUGUAAAACAGUGAUGCUGAAGGUCAAAGGUCAGCGUUCAGAUGCAGGUCAGAGGUCAUAUGUAUCUCCCUCCUCUGUCUCCUUCGCAGACAGAUCUCAGAUCACAUUUCAGUGUCUUCCAAUAAGAGAACAUGAAGAAGCUGUUUGAUUGAUCUUUUGUGCAUGUGUUUCUGUUUAUCAAGUGAAACUCCUAAACUGAGGCUUGAUCUUAUUCCUCUUGAAUAUAUGAAACAGGUAAAUACAAUCGAAAUAUACAUACUUCAAACCACUCAAACUAUGCUUUUAGACUCUUCAUUAUUGUAUUUCUAGUGUUUGUUGUGAAAUACGCUGGUCUUGCUCUAAGAUGUCAGAUGACCAUCAUAAGGAUUUUAUUUUACUAACCUAAAUUGUUAUAUUCUGAUUUAUAUUUUGUAUCUGUAUUUUGUAUUUUUAUUUUAUGUGUACUGAACAGUGAAAGGUCAGGGUUGUUUCAGGUUGUGUGGUUAAGUUGAAACUAACACCUGUGUGUGCUGAACAUGGAGAAAAGGUCAGAUUCUACGUACAAGUGUCUGUUUUGCAGAUUUGGUAGGAUUGUGGUUAGGGUGAUCUGAGGUACUCUGGGUUAUGAACUUAAAAGGGACUUUCUCUGGUCAAGAAGUGCUGUCCUAAUUGCGCAAGAGCGUACAUACUGAAACUCUUUGCGGUUAAACUAUGCAGUGUAAGCUGAAUUUUUGGUGCAAAUGUAAAAUCAAGGUGUGAUUAACUCAGGUGAACUUUCAAAUGUGAUUUUUCUUAGAAUUAGCUCAAGUGGAGUGACUGACAUAUGUCUGUGACAUGUUUUACCCGGCAACAACUGUCAACCAAUCAUUGAGAUUAUGUACCAAAUAUGGAAGCCUUCAAAGAGUGACUGAAGACUAUAAAAUGUAAUGAAGAAGAUUUUCAUGUGGUAGAGACGAAUAGUGUGUUUGAUGCCAGACUAGUUGACUUCUUUCUUUUAUGUAACUUUUUCUAUUUUUGCCUGAAGCAAUAAAUCAAGCUUUGUUUUAACUUUUUAAACCUCAA